AUGUUGUGGCGACGACUACUCCACACCACGCCCCGGUGGCUCCAACAGCAACUGGCGCUGCGUCUCCACGAGGUGGCGCCGGCCAAGAUUCGCAAUAUCGGGAUCAUCGCCCACAUCGAUGCCGGCAAAACCACCACCACCGAGCGGAUGCUUUUCUAUUCAGGGAGAACGGGAAGAAUGGGGAAUGUCGAUGAGGGUGAUACCGUAACCGAUUAUUUACCCCUGGAGAGGGCUCGGGGGAUCACCAUCCAGCUGGCAGCGAUUUCCUUACCCUGGAAUGGGCACACCAUCAACGUUAUCGAUACUCCGGGACACGCCGAUUUCACGUUUGAGGUGGUCCGAUCGCUUCGGGUAUUGGACGGGGCGGUGACUAUACUUGACGCUGUUGCUGGUGUCGAAGCCCAGACGGAAAAAGUGUGGCGUCAGGCCCACGAGUUGGGUAUCCCUAAAGUGGCUUACGUCAAUAAAAUGGACCGUCCCGGCGCUGGCUUUUCUCGUACGGUUAAGGAGAUUGUCACUAAGCUUAACACCAAAGCGGUGGUGUGUUCGUUGCCGUAUUUUGCCCCUGGAGACGAUCGAGUGUUCUCGGGAGUAGUGGAUGUUGUCCAUAAGAAACUCCUUAUAUGGGAUACGAGUGAUGCUACUGGCCAAUCAGUGGAAGUUAUCGACCUUUCUGAACCCCUGGAAGACUACCCUGAGGCCUACGAGAUGUGUGCUGCCUCUCGGGAGCUGAUGGUGGAAACCCUUGGGGAGAUCGAUGAAGCGGUUAUCGAGUCAUUUUUGGAGACUGAGGACCACAUGGCUGUCCCCACUGCUGUACUCCAAUCAGCGUUGCGUAGUGGUUGUCUCGCUACCACCGUUACCCCCGUUGUUUGUGGCCUGAGUUUCCGUAAUAUUGGGGUCCAACCGUUGAUGGACGCCGUCACCAGCUAUUUGCCGCUGCCGUUAGACGCUCCUGUGCCUGAAAUUACCACUACAAAAGCCACUCGUGGUAAAUCAAAGCGUAAGGCUAGUCAAUCGACUGCUGGAGCGGAACUGGUGGAGGUACCGGCUAAAGUGACUCCCCAAGGGCUUGUGAUCAACGGCCAGCCGACUUUAGCCGUGGCUCUUGCGUUCAAAGUGAUGACCCACGCCACUAAAGGGGUCAUGACCUUUUUCAGAGUGUACAGCGGUAAGCUCCAGGCGAAUCUGACGGUGGUUAACACGAGACUGGGCGCCAAACUCCACGUGAAAAAGCUCAUGGUGAUGCACGGCGACAUGCCUGAAGAAGUGAAACAAUUGAAAGCAGGUAAUAUCGGGGUGGUAUUGGGUCAUGACGACGAUAUUGUUACCGGUGAUACUCUCGUGGCAGUGGCUAAUAAGAAGCAAUUCACCGAUACCGAAGCUAAUUUACGCCUUUUACCGAUUGAGAUCCCCCCUCCCUUAUUCAACCUGGGCAUUGAGCCUGCCACUGCCGGCGACCAGCGCUACAUGCACCAGUGUCUUACGCAAUUAGUGCGGGAAGACCCGUCGCUCCACGUGUACGAGGACGCUGAUAUGGGCCAGACGGUGGUGCUGGGGAUGGGCGAGCUCCAUUUGGAGAUCACUCGUGACCGGAUGGUUAACGAUAUGAAGGCGAAUGUCCGGUUUUCCGAUGUGGUUGUCAGUUAUAAGGAGACGUUUACCGCUCCUCUGGCGGAGAUCACCGUUAGUGACGAGUCGGGAGCUUCAGUUACCGUGGCCUUAGACUCAUUUGAAGGCGAGGCUGAGACGUCGGAGUUCGCUGAAGAGGAAGGGGCCGAGAUCUACGGUGAUAACAAUAUCGUCAUUUUAGGGGAGAAUGCCAUGGCUCCUCGCCUUAAGGAUAUCUUAGACCAGAGACGGUGGAAACACGAGGCGCUGGCCGAGGACCUCCGCGACGCUGUUGUUCGUGGCUGUCUUACCGCUCUCCAAAUGGGGGGUCCUCUUUACGGUAUGGCCCUCCAUUCAGUCGUUGUAAGAGUGAUGGAAUGGGAUUUCCCCAGUGACGACCCCCUGGCGCUGGUGGGAGCAUUACUGCUGGUAGCCAGACAAGCCGUCACCCGCUACCUGAGACUGGAAACCGCCAGCGCCACCAUCCUCGAACCGGUGAUGGACACUAAAGUGUACGUUAACGCCGACCAUAUGGGCGAAGUAUCCCAUGAUCUCAGCACCCGGUGCCAUGGGGUCAUCUCGGAGAUUGUUGACGCUGAUGAUUCUGGUGUAAACGGAGAUAAUGACACCCAGUGGACUCGAAGCUACGCCGAUUCGAUGUACUUACCUCCUGACUAUACCAUGUCGUCGUCGUCGUCAGGAGCCACGGCCAAGGUCGGUGGUGACCGGAAGAUGAUUCGGGCGGAAACGCCGUUACGGGAAAUGGUGGGCUACCUUUCAAAAUUGCGGCUGAUGACUGGCGGUAGAGGGACCUUCGAUAUGACCUACGGCGGCAUGCGGCGGGCCCUGAAACCCCGUGCCGACCAAAUUGGGGCCCUGUUAUGA